GUACAGCGCGUGCACGCCGGGACUGUGCGUGCUGCGUCACGUGCCCCGCCAUGUUGACAGCCGGCGGUUGCCUAGCGACCGGCCUGGGGCUCCCCUAACGGCCGCGGCAUUCGGGCCGGUGGGCAGAGGUAGGAAAGAGUAGUUAAGAUGUCAGCAACAGACUUAGGGAAUAAAGUCCACCACAGUGUGCUUUAGAGUUACCCGUCAUCUUCUGGUGUGAAAUCCAGUCUGAAGUAAGGAAAGCUAUGCUGAGUGAAGAUUUGGAGCAAGUAUCUGAAAACCCAACAGAUCAGGGAGAAGGAGAGAUGGAAGAUCAUGAAGAUACCAACUCUGUUAUUUUACCAGUGUUGGGCACAUCCUACCUGAAUUCAGUGUCUAUGAUAACAGUGAAUUGUAAGCAAAACAGUGAACUGGGUGCCAGUACCCCCUAUUUACAUUUCAGCAAGACCUGCCUAAAGAAUGUUUUUUCAGUAAUUCUCCUGUUCAUUUAUCUGCUGCUUAUGGCUGUAGCCGUGUUCCUUGUCUACCAAACCAUCACUGACUUCAGGGAGAAGCUCAAGCACCCGGUGAUGUCUGUCUCUUAUAAGGAAGUGUCCUUGUAUGAUGCACCUGGUAUUGCCUUUUACCCAGGCAAGGCUCGGCUGCUUAGCUGCAAGCAUCAUUACUAUGAUCACAUUCCGCCUCUGGUAAAUCCAGGUCAGCCAGGAGACAUUGAGUGCACCACUCAGAGAAUCAACUACACAGACCCUUUUACUAAUCAAACUAUGAAAUACGCUUUGGUUGUGCAAGGCCCUCGUGAUGUGAAGAAAAAGGAGUUGGUGUUUUUGCAGUUUCACUUAAAUGGAACAGACCAAGACUUCAGUGCAAUUGACUACCUUCUAUUUUCAUCUUUCCAAGAGUUCAUCAACAGUCCAGAAAAAGCAGAAUUCAUGAAGGACUGUGAAAGCUCGUACUCCAGCUGGAAGUUUUCUGGAGGCUUUCGAACUUGGGUCAAGAUGUCCUUGGUGAAAACCAAAGAGGAAGAUGGUAGUGAGACUGUUGAAUUCAAACAAGAGACUAGUGUGGUUAAUUAUAUUGACCAGAGAACUAAACCAAGAAGUGACCAGCUGUUUUUUGUGGUAUUUGAAUGGAAAGAUCCUUUUAUACAGACUGUUCAAGAUAUAAUCACAGCAAAUCCUUGGAACAUGAUUGCUCUUCUUUGUGGUAUCUUUUUGGCUCUAUUUAAGGCAGCAGACUUUGCCAAGUUAAGUGUUAAGUGGAUGAUCAAAAUCCGAAAGAGACAUCUGAAGAGAAGAAGUCAAGUAAUGAACCACAUAAGUUAAGACUAAGACUGCCUUUUAAGUGUUCAUAACAGAAGGGAUAGAAAAGAACUGGAAUAAACUUCAAUCAGUAACACAGUAAUUAAAGGUAUAAACCAGGUAUAUUUUCUUCAGAUAAACACUGCCACGGCCUAGCAAACUGACAUUUGAACCUUCAGAAAGGAGCUAACCCUAGGACAAGUCUAACAAACUCAUGCUCUUUUAAUCCAAAUUUAAUACGUUUACCUCAGUGCAUGGUGGCUGGGGGAGAGAGGAGAGAAUUCACUAGCGUUCAGAAAGUCAGUGCUGUAGUGGUUAAGUUCUGAAACUGGACAGCGUUUGAAUACUUGUCAGAACAGGCGACUAUUUAGCUUCUGCACGAGCUAUGACCUGCCUCUGCUGCCAUAAUGCAGGUGCUUCCAGUGAACACAGUAAAAGAGUAAAGUACACAGAAUAAAACAGUCACGCCUCCCAGCUCCAAGGUAUGAGUUAAAACAAAAUACACUGGAAUUCUAUUACGUGUCAUUUUUGAUUUAAAGUGUAUUGAAUUUUAAUAUUAAAAGAUAACUAAAAUAA